AAGAAAUAGGCAACUAAUGGUUUUUAGCUUACUUUGAGAUUGCUUGCAAAAGAAAAAAGAAUUAACGAAUUAAUCAAUUAAUUGUAGAAAUUGUCUUUGAAUUUUAAAAAAAAGUUGAUAAUUUUACUUAAAUAUAAGUUACGCUAAUAUCUAAAAAAAAAGUAAAUAAUAAAAGAAGAGAAAUCUAAUCAUCUUAAAGUGCGUUUGUGCAAGAAACUAAGAAAAGGGCACAUUCUACCCAUUCUAUUCAAUGUAAUUUAUGCGGAACUAAUAAAGAAUAUUCCUUUAAAUAAUCAGAAAAGAUAAUUAAAAAUAAUACAAAUGAAAUUUUUAUAGAAAAAUUGUAUAUCCUGCGAAUCUAUGAUAACACAUGAAUAUAAGUGAAAAUCAUAACAUCAUUACCAACGAUGAAUAAGAAAUCUAUGUUGGCUUACAAAGAGGAUCGCAUAUUAACAACACAACAGUUGAAAAAACUCUCCGAACACAAAUAUCAAUGUAAUAAUGCAAGUCUAUUGGAUCCUUGGCUGCAGCCAUGGUGGAAUUGUUUGGUCUCGAAAACUCCUUUGUGGUUGGCACCGAAUUUAAUUACAAUUGUCGGUCUAAUAGUAAAUGUUGUCACAACUUUAAUAUUAGUGGGAUACAGCCCAGGCGGAAUAACUCCUCCACCGCGAUGGACUUGCCUACUUUGUGCUUUUGGCCUGUUUGUUUACCAAAGUCUAGAUUCAAUAGACGGAAAGCAAGCAAGGCGAACAAAUACGUCUUCGCCGUUGGGUGAGCUUUUCGAUCACGGUUGCGAUUCCAUAUCCACUGUGUUUAUUGCUUUAUCGGCCUGUAUAUCCUGUCAGUUGGGCCACUAUCCUAAUUGGUUAUUCUUCCAGUGUUUUUGUGCUAUUGGUUUGUUUUAUUGUGCCCAUUGGCAAACUUAUGUUUCGGGCACGUUACGCUUUGGAAAAAUUGAUGUAACUGAAGCUCAGUUAACGAUCAUCGGUAUACAUUUAAUAUCAACCGUGUUUGGUCCGGAAUUCUGGUUAACGAAGAUUUUUGGUAAUUUAGAAUUAUGGUCUUCCAUAUCGCUAAUGACUAUAAUUUGCGGUAUUUGGUCAUUAUCCUAUAUAUCCUCAGUUAUUUUGGCUGGUGGUGUCGGCAAGAAUGGCAGUACAGUAGCACUGCCGAUAAUGGAAUUAAAUAAGAAUUAUGUAAUUCUAAUUGGAAUAACAAUUUGUUAUGGCAUAAAUUUUGUAAAUUUUUGCAAAAUGUUUUUGGAGGGCGGCAGUGGCAAGAAUGGCUCCUCUGUGGCUGGUACUAGCGUUUUAUCGCCGAGUAUACCGUUGACACUGGUGAUAUUACCGGCAUUUAUAAUAGCCAAGAAAUCGCCAGAGAAUAUCUUUUCGGAACACGCCUCUUUAUACAUUAUCGCCUUUGGCUUGGUGGCAGCUAAAGUGACCAAUAAAUUAGUGAUUGCUCAUAUGACCAAAGCUGAAAUGGAAUAUUUGGAUUGGUCUCUUUUGGGUCCGGGUCUAUUGUUCCUUAAUCAAUAUUUUAAUUGCGUAGUGCCAGAAAUAUGGUUACUCUGGUUCACCCUAAUUUGGGCUACUCAGGAUUUAAUGCGAUACUGUGCGCAAGUCUGUUUGGAAAUUUGUGCUCAUUUACAUAUAGACUUAUUUACUAUACCUUACCCACCACGCACUGCGGUCACUCAAGGCACUAGUACGAAUACGAACAGCGCAUCUAUCAGCAGUUCUAGUGAUAAGAAUGGCGCCACUCAUCACCGAAGGGCCUCACGCCAAACAAAUAGAAAACAUUAACCUCCAAUAAUUAUGGUCCUGCGUAUUUUAGAGAGAAUUAUAAUCUUAUGCAACCUUAUUUUUUAGCAUCUUUUUAAGCGCUUCUCUUUUAUUUUAUUCUCUUUUUCAAUAUUUAAUAUAUUCCUUUUUUAAUGUGUACAUGUAAUAGAAUUGAUAUCCUGAAAAGGUGUAAUAGGCAACUAGGAAGUUCUCUUUUUAAGUUUUUCUUUUUACAUUUUCAUUUGUCAUUUU